AUGCAACAGCUGCAGCUGGAGGUGCCGCUCUUCACCACCACAGCGGCCAGCGCGGCCGCAGCCGGGGCGGCCUGGCCCCGUGCCAUGGCGCUGGGGACGAAUGGGGCGCUGGCAGCCAGGAGCAUUUGCUGGGACAGGGCAUUGACACUGGCAAGCCAAAGCGAGUCCAGCGAGCACGACCGGCAGAUGGCCAUCAACUCCGCCGUGGCGGCCUGUGCCGCAGGUCGGUGGCCUUGGGCCCGGCACCUGCUGCGGCACACGGAUGUGGAUGCCGUGGGCCUCAGCGCCGCGCUGUCCGCGGGUCCUUGGAAGGCUGCCUUGGCGAUGUUGCAGGUGGCCGCCACGGUGGACAAAGUGUGCUUCAGCGUUGCCAUUGCGACCUGUGCUCGUGGCGAGGAAGAAGCGUCUCACCGCAAAAACCGUGAUCGAAAAAUGGUCCGAACCAAAGGCUGCCUUCUUAAUUCUGUGCGUGUGCACAGCAUGUGGUGCAGUUCACAGUCGCAAAAGUGUUGGCCAACUAAGGUAGACUGUUGA